AUGCCUUUGGAAUUCGAUAAUAAUUUGUGGGAGGCCAAUCCACGCCAACUUUCGCUUGAAACAGCGGCCGUUUAUCCCGCAAACAAAAAGAAGCCAAGCCCCUAUAUCAAAGACUACGCAGAUUUAAGCGCUGAAACCCACAACUCUUCCCAUAUAGUGUGUAAAGGCAACAAAUGCGAAGAACGAGCGAAUGCAGUCAUCGUUGUAUUAUGCCGAAACAGCGAGCUUGUUCCAAUGCGACGCACUCUACGAGAAUUUGAAGACCGAUUUAACCGGAAAUACCAAUAUCCUUACGUCUUUCUCAACGACGAGCCAUUCAACAACGAAUUCAAGACGUCUAUCAAAGCUCUCACCAAUUCCAAAGUGAUCUUUGGAGAUAUCAAUGAGGAAAUGUGGUCCUAUCCUGAUUUCGUAAACCAAAGUGUGGCAGCAAAUCAACUUCAAGAUUAUCAGGCCCGAGGCGUCAUGUAUGGUGGAAGUCUCAGCUAUCGGCAUAUGUGCAGAUUCAACUCAGGCUUUUUCUACAAUCACCCAUUGGUUCAGCCAUACGAGUAUUAUUGGCGAGUUGAACCAGGCGUGCAUUUUUAUUGCGAUUUGGAUUACGAUCCUUUCCUUUACAUGCAAAAGAAUGGAAAACAGUAUGGUUUCAAUAUUGCGCUGCAAGAAAUUCCAGAGACUAUUCCAACAUUAUGGGACCAUACCAUGAACUUUGCACAUCUCAAUCAGUUGAACACUACACUCCUACGCUUCUUUGGAAAUCCAAUGGAUGGCUAUAAUCUAUGCCACUUUUGGAGCAACUUUGAAAUUGCUAAUCUCAACUUGUGGCGCCGCCCUGAAUACCAAGCUUAUUUCCAUUACUUGGAUUCUACAGGCAAUUUCUUUUAUGAGAGAUGGGGAGACGCCAUUGUUCAUAGUCUUGCAGCUGGUAUGUUCCUGAACAAGAGCGAAGUACAUUUCUUUGAUGAUAUUGGCUAUAAGGUAAGUAGUCUCAAAGACUAA